GAAACCAGACGUGCCUUUUGGAGACCUGGACGAGUCCAUUCGUCAGGGCCAGCGACAAGGCUUCGCUGUGAACCCGGACAGCUUGACUCAGGUCGAGCUGAACCUACAUCCCAUCAAUUCCAGCUUCACGCUGCGCAGCGACGGCGUCGAGCUUGUGAAUCUUGCGGAGUUUCUGAAGGAAAAUGACGUCUACCCAGAGACUGCUUCGGUGGCCAGUCAUGAGACCCGCAUGGCGGUAGGCAAAGCCAUGCUCAGCUUCCUCGAGCAGCGGUUCGCAAGAGAAAUCAUUCACCUCGCGGACACAUCGCGCGUCUCUGGUGGAGCCAUUUACGCCGAAGCCACCGUUCGCCACACAGGGAGCUCGACCCUGCGAAAUGCUCACCAUGUGUUCCACAUGGACAAGCUAUGGGAUGGUGUCGCUCGACUGACCGAGACCUCUACCAAGGAGGGAGGCGUGAGGGCGACAGUCCACGCUCACUGGCCCUUCUCGCAGCAAGACUUCGAGGACAGGGGUUACAGCUUUGAUGACUACGUCAGAAUGGUUGACGCGCAAGAUCCAGGCGUCUUGAAUUUGUGGGUGUCCUUAACCCCUGGCAUGUUGAAUCAACAUCCCAUUGCAUUUCUGCUGAAUGGUGCCAAUGGUCAGAAUGCAAUCUCAUCAGCUCCGGAUUUGAAUGACAUGGUGUCCACAAUGCAUGUCCAGAUCAAAAACUACAACGAUACGAUAACUGUGUUGCGAUCGAGUGUCGCAUCUGCGGAGACUGCGUUGUGGGGAAUGGCGCCGAACAUGACCUUUGGGCAGGCAUUGCUGUUCUACAAUGAUCGAACUCCUCACAGUGCGGUGUGGCUGACGCAGGAACCUGACACAGAACGCAUCUCAGCCGAGAUCCGAGUACUCGUGACGGAUCGGCCACUUCAAGAUGCAAAAAUUCUGGCUGAAACGGCGGACUCUGAUUGUGCUGUGAGGGCUGUGUCUUUGCUGCAGAAGACAGCAGCGGCUCCCAGAACUCAGAUGAGACCAGAAUGUUUGAUGGUCGAUGUCGUCAUACCAGCUGUGGUCGUCACAUUGCUGGGCACGAUUGUCCUACACCUGAUCUUCAGGUGUGUCGUGGACUCCGCUCCUGUCACCUAUAUGCUCGCCCUAGGCGUCUACGCCAACUUCCAGGACAACCUGCUCUUCACGGUGGUCCUCGUCCGAAGCCACGUCCUAGCCCUGCAGUUCCAGGCUAGCCCACUGGCAUCAGGAUGUCUGGUGGGCGCCCACAAGAUGGGAACGGCCGUGGGCAUGGUCUUGGUUUUCUUGGCCUUGAAGUUUUAUCCGGAGUGCUGGCGGAGGCCGCGACGUGGGCUCGUCGCGGGUGCCCUGCUGCAGAUUGUGUUUUCCUGCGCCUUCGCCUUGUUGGCUUUCUUCGAAGUUGAAGGUCGUCUUUGGGUUUUGUGGGUCUUGGUGACGUCCCGGCUGCUCCUGGGCAUGGGCGGGGGCCUUCAAGUCAGCCUGGCUUGGAACCUGGCUGCGCGCCUCCCCAGCGAGCACCGGGCACUUCACAAUCUCAGGCUCUUUGUGGCCGGCUGUCUUGGCCUGGGAGCCGGACCGCUGGUUAGCUCCCUUGCAACGGCCACCGCCAAGAUCGUCCCUUGCAGUUCAGAUCUCGACGGCUCCGAGGGCAUGCUGGCCUUACUCGCUUUGAUACCCUGGAUGCAGCUGUGCUUGCUCCUGCCCCCACUCCCCUCCCUGGAGCAAAUGCCAGAUUGUAGGACUGCAGGAGGCAAGUCAGGCGCCCGGGCGGCGGUGGUGUGCCUUUGCCUGGCCAUGCUCGUCCUCCGCAACUUGUCCCUGGCCUCUCUGGAGGUGGGCACUGCAGAGCUUUUCCAGAGCAAGUACGACAUUCAGCCAGGCCUGGCAGGCUUGCUUUGUGCCAUCAUCGUCUUCACCGCGCUGCCCGUGCAGCUUCUAUACGAGAGGCUACAGGUGGGCAAGCAAUCCCGCGUAUCCCUGCAGUCCAUGCUUUGGGCAAGUUUGGCUGCCGGGUGUUUUUUGAUCUUCGAGAAUUUUGCGACCUUUUACAUCGCCUCGAUGCUGUUCUUUCCGAUGAUGGCACUGAGCAGUGGUAUCGUCAUGGCGAGGAUGCAGGACUAUGUGAUGCCGGAUGGCUCGUUGCUUGACAGGAACACCACCACUCUUUUGGGCCUUGUGAUGGCGGACUUUCUCGGCCGUGGCUUUGGUCCCAUCUCGGCUCGAUACGGCAUUGCCCUGGGUGAGCAGCAGGGUUUCGCUAUGACGCAAAUCACGUACGCGGCUGUGAGCGUGGUGCUUUUCAUGGUGAGUGAAGCGGCCAGCUAUCGUGCCAUCCAGGGGAAGACGGAAUCGGAGACCGACACCUCCGAAAGCAGUGGUGAUGAUAGCAGCAGUGUGGCGAGCAAGGGCGGCUGA